UGUCUUAUUCUUUCUUUCUUUACUCUCGUACUGAUUAUGUUCUUUAUUCUUGGAGUGAUCAGUGCAGAACGAAGGGAAAGACUUUCUAAAAGGAUUCUUGUGAAGUUUGUUUCAGAGUCGACAGCAGAUCUUUGCUGAUUCUGAUGAUUAUUCAUUAUUGAAAGCAACAUUCAGAAAUUGAAAGUAAAGCUCAGAUCGUUGGAGCUUUUAUAAGCAGUGAAAAUGGAUUCGCUCUCUGUGGAAGAACUUUCUUGUCCCGUGUGCUUUGAAAUCUACAAGAAUCCUGUUGUUCUGUCGUGUAGUCACAGUGUGUGUAAAGAGUGUCUUCAACAGUUCUGGAAAACCAAGAGAACUCAGGAGUGUCCCGUCUGCAGGAGAAGAUCUUCAAGAGAUGAACCUCCUCGUAAUCUGGCAUUGAAGAACUUAUGUGAGAUGUUUGUGAAGGAGAGAAAUGAGGAGGAGAUCUGCAGUUUACACAGAGAGAAACUCAAACUCUUCUGUCUGGAUGAUAAACAGCUGGUGUGUUUAGUGUGCAGAGAUUCAGAGAAACACGUCAAUCAUAAAUUCAGACCCAUCAGUGAAGUUAUUCCAUCUUACAAGGAGGAACUCAAUACAGCACUGAAGUCUUUACAAGAGAAACUCAAACACACAGAAAACAUGAAAGGAGAGUUUGAUAAAUCAGUUGGACACAUCAAGACUCAAGCUGAGCACACAGAGCGUCAGAUUAAAGAGCAGUUUAAGAAGCUUCAUGAGUUUCUCCGACAUGAAGAAGAAGCUACAAUCACUGAACUGAGAGAGGAAGAGGAGCAGAAGAGUCAGAUGAUGAAGAGGAAGCUUGAGGAGAUGAACACACACAUCUCAGCUCUUUCACACACAAUCAAAGACAUGGAGGAAAUGAUGAAAGCCAAUGACGAUGUCUCAUUUCUAAAGAACUUUAAUGUGACAAUGGAAAGAGUCCAGAUCUCACAGCCGGAUCCACAGAUGACUUCUGGAGCUUUCAUUCAUGUGCCACAUUACUUGGGCAACCUGACAUUCAGAGUCUGGAAGAAGAUGCGAGACAUUGUCCACAAGACUCCUGUGAUUCUGGAUCCAAACACUGCAAAUCCAGAUAUGAUCCUGUCUGAUGAUCUGACCAGUGUGAGAUUCAGCAAGAAGAGAAAAAUAUUACCUGAUAAUCCAGAGAGAAUUAACUAUUAUCCAUGUGUUCUGGGUUCAGAGGGGUUUAACUCAGGAACACACUGCUGGGAUGUGGAGGUUAAACACAAUAUAGACUGGACUCUUGGAGUAACUACAGCAUCAAACCAGAGGAAGGGAAAUGUUUUCUUUAAAACUGAUGUCUGGGGUGUGGGGUAUAAUAUUAGAUUCUUCCCAUGGUGUUCCUCCACUGUGUUUAAAGUCAAACAGAAUCUUGAGCGUGUGAGAGUUCAUCUGGAUUAUGACGGAGGAAAAGUGUCAUUCUCUGAUCCUGUAACUAACACACAUCUACACACAUUCACACACACAUUUACACACACACUCUUGCCAUUCUUCUGUAGUUAUGAUGAUGUCACUCCUCUGAGGAUUUUACCAGUAAAAUGUUUGUAACAACAGAAAAUCUCAGUAAUAUCUGAUUCUUUAAUAUCUGUAACACAUAUAAUGAGUUCAAUAACAAUUAUUAUAAUAAUAUUCAUUUGUUGUGAAUAAAUGUAUUUUAGGGGAAUUGAACACUUUUAUUGUAAAAUGUGGAAUGAAAAUUAAAUUUGACAGUUUUUUCUCUGUAAAAAUACAUUUAUUAUUUGUUACAGUUUACUCUAUGAAUAACUUUUAUAUUUCACUUCUGUAUUUCAUUCUUAAAGUAGAACUACAUUAAAGUCUUU